AUGACCGAACUGGGCCAUGAGACACGUAACGCGGCCAAAGCUCAGAAAUAUGGAAUGCGCAGCGCUCAAGAUUCCCACGCUAAAAGCCACCUUGUUAAUGGCUGCCCUAAGAUCCGUAAGCAUAUUUGCGUUUUCCUUGCACAGCCAGCACACCAAUUGCUUCUACCGGAAGGGACUAGCCAGUUUGCUCAAUCGUUUGAUGAAUUCGUGCCCAUCAGGGUGGUCGAGAGAAACCUCCUUGCCUCCGGGUAUUAUGUCGACAUGGAGCCCACCCGCCGGGUAAACGUUUCCAGUUCCUUAUCUCGCAUGAGUCUAUGGAGUCGCAAGUCAAAACUGACUCUUCCACAUCUGCUUGUCUUUCCACCGUCCGGCAUUGGCAUCUUGGAAACUCUUUGCGCCUUUGCCAUGGCGGCAUUUGCAAUCAUAUCAAAAGCUAAAGCCAGAGGUCGUAACCCCAGCGUUGCUGCCCAGGCCCCGGAUUUGAGCAAGCCGCAUCGCGUCUGGACUCUGGACUCUGUUGAAAGGGCGUACAAAGCUUCUCUUCGCAUGCUUAGAGCGCUCGCCUUUCGACCUGCACCACCCAGCUGCGAUACGCACUGGCUCUUCGAGCAUGAUGCGUUACUCAAGCGUCAUGCAUAUGUGUAUAUCCUGUCUCCGCGUCCGCAGCAAUCGCUCAACCAAUGUCUGCCAAGCCUUUCACAGACACUCAGCCCCCAAUCUCCAUACUCGUAG